UGGCGUCGUGCCGCGCGCCCCGAGACCCUGGCCCUGCAGCGCUCUCCGACGCGCAGGCGCAAAGGCCGGCCCGUACGCCGUCGGCGCGGAGCAGCCGAGUAGUCGUGCCGUACGAAAGAGCCCACGAGCCCAGGAGGCAGCCGCGCACGCGCCGCGGGCAGCCCUCCAGUGCUAUGAAGCUGCCCGGAGGUCUAGCAGUCACGGACUACCGCAACCAGCACAAGGGCCCAUCCCAUUUUGUGAAUGAGCCGGAACGCCUCGUGAGCCCCCAGCGGCUGGUAAGACUCGAGCGGCAGGCGCGCCUCGCCGCGACGCUGAAGGAGAGCCCCAUUCCUCAAAACGACGGCGGCGCUCGUAUCAUACAAGCGAAAGCUGAGAGAAGGAAGCUCGCCCAGACCACGAGAGAUGAUCAACGGCGGCGCCAGGCCCAUCAGACCGCGUCCCAAGUGACGGCCGGCCAUUUGCUGCGCACGGAACGCACCUGUUCCUGGGGCGUGAAUCCUGUGAGCUGGAAGGAGGUCGAGCAGCCCCCGUCCUUCGUGGAGUCCAUCUUUUCCGGCGUGAAAGUUCAUAAAACACCCCCACAAACACCCGAGGCCCCGCCCAGACCCCAAGGUUGGAGUGUCCAGUUUCAUCCAAGAGAACCUUUGGACUGGACGUCGUACAAACCGUUGGAACGGACAAGGCCCAGUUCUCCACAAGCUGUCGAGCCAGUGUGUGGUGCGUGCGCCGUGAAACAGCUGCCGAGGUGCGCGUAUUGCCUCAUGCCAAAACACUCAUCUGUUACUCGAGUGCCGCUGGCGCAGCUGCCUCGCUUACUCUUGGCCAAGGACCCGGCCAUGAAGGCGGCGGAAUUAGGUCGUAGGUUAGCGAAGUACGGGCGAAGUGACGACUCCGCGCGACAGAUGAAUUCUGAUGAGUUGGGCCAUCCCUUACCCGAGAAAAAUACGUGUGAUAGGCAUAUGAAAGAAUGGAGCCUGGCGCGGCAGUUCGAGCUGAAAUGCGAGAAGAAGUACAUCAAUGAAAUGACCUCGUUCAUCAAAGCUAGAGAGGACUACGAAGAUAGAAUAAGAGAGAUGAGUGACAAGGCCGAGACGCAGCGACUACUCUUUGCCGAUGCGGUGGAAGAGGCCGAUCUAUAUAAAAAUAAGAACGCUUUACUGCAAAAGAAGCUCGACGCCACCAUAAAAGAACUGAGCAAAUUCGACGACGCGCUGUACCGCAAGGAGAUGGCCGAGAAGUUCGUCGACUGCUCCGUCCAGACCGACGACGUCGUAACAGAGCAACCAUCUGUAGUAGUCGAGGAGAACCAACCGAAGGCGUCGGCCGCGGCGUUAGCGUUCGCUCAGGCCGCCGCGCAAGCGAACGACUCGGGCGCCGAGGCUUUAGCUGCGAGAAUAGCCCGAAAGAAGGCGAAGCCCUUGCCGCCUCUCUAUGAGACACGUGCACUAGCAAAUGAGUUGCUGGCCGCGAAACUGAGGAAUCAACCGGAACAUGAAGGCCACUUCGCCGAUUUUUUGUAUGCGUUCUGGCGGUCGAAAGAUCUCACCAGAAAACAGGUCAACGUCCAAGUGGCCAAGACCAUCGCGGCCGUCGACGAACAUAAGUCGGUCGACGACACGGUCCGGGCCGUGGCUAUCUUGCUAGGCCUGGAGACGAUCAAAGUAGGCGACGCUUCUAUAAAAGCGGGCAAGUCCGCCUGGCUCGCGCCGGCCUGGUUCAGUGUGUUGCGGAAGUUGAUCAGCGAGUAUCUGGACCCUGACGAGUCGCCCGACCACCUCGACGCAUUCCUGGCCGCGCGGGCGACGGCCGUGCUAGAUCCGACGAACGUCGCCAAGGCCAUCGCCGAGUCGGCGUCACCUGAAGAAGAAGCGCCUUGUGUCAGGCAGAUGCUCGCGCCUCAGGAUGUCGGUGCGGUCCUCAAGGUCAUACUUACAUUACCUUCGUUACCACCGAAGUAUGGCUCGCCGGGCGGCAUCUCCUUCGGCGACGUCAGUAUGUUACUCUUAGAACAUAUGGCCGCGGCGGUGGCUCGACAUCAUAGAAAGCUCCUGGAAACGUUCUACAGGUUCGACGAUGACGAUAAUGGUUUAGAUGGAGAUGAAUUCCGCGAAUUACUCCUGUGGACGACGGGCGACGCCAGUAAUUCGGAAACAGUACAUGCGGAGAUCGAAGACCUGGCCGACGCCGACGCCGAGGCGCACAUCCAGUCGGGAGCCAUCGACGAGGCCGACCAAUUCCCUGAAGUGAUUAUGGCCGCGACUUCCGGUAAACUAGCUUAUGCGGAAUCGUGUCGCGACUACUGGCGCAUGGAGGAUGACCGGGAAUGGGGCGCGGUCAAGCCCAAAAUGAAUCGUAAACAUACGGUGGGCGGCAACGUGCUCAAGGAGAUGGCUACCGUCGGCCGCUCGACGACUCUUGAAAAAUUAUCAGAGAAUAGGGUCACCUUCGACGAAUCUAUAAAGGAGCCCGCGCCGGACGGGCCCGCGUCGCCGCUAACUCCGUAGUUGCUUUGCUUUUACUAGUAGUGCUAGGUUGAGCCGAACGGUG